UGGAACAAUACGAUUUUGUGUAACAACAACCGAUGUUUAUUGAACAUUAAUAUGUUUUGUUUUCAAACACAGAUUACUCCCCCCUAUCAACUUCCGCUAUUCCACUUCCGGUAUGAAGGUGUUACAGAAGUAUGAAAUUGUCAACAAUGUUAAUGACUACAGACACUGUAGGACUAUGCAUGGACUUAAACAUUAAGUGCAUUUGCCAGAGAUAAACCCGUCACAUAGAUCAAAGACAAUGGACCAAUGGACUGGUUUCCAAGGCAAUCCAGCCUCGUUUGGAACUUGGAAUGGAAUGGACAUGACCUUGACCCCUCCUUUCCAACCUGUGGGACAACCGCGGUACGGAUCUUUCAAUCCGAUUUACACUAACCAUCUACCUCCAACUCAUCACAGAUUUGAAUCACCAGUUCGACCUUUUCUACAGCCGAAUCAGUUUUCAUCCCAUCCCACAGAUGUACCAAUACAGCAUUUUGACAACUUUUCAGACAAUGUAUCACCACGUCACAUGGCAGAGUUCAGUGGUCCAGUCAGCGGUCGUGGAGUGACCAGUACCAGCAACGCCAAGCCUUUUAUUAUGUUCGCAAUCAACUUCGACAACAUAUCUGUACGUAACCUAUGCCAGGAGGAGGAUAACUUGAUAUAUCUUAUUGCAUAUAAUCAUGAAAUCGAUUUGCUGUCCGCGAUGGCUGUUGAAGAUUUGCUGAAGCUGAAUGAUGUCGAGAUUACGAAUCCCGAGGACGGGGUUCGUGUUUUGACAACAGUUCAGAAUAUGAAGUUAACAGUGAGUGAGAACCCUUCCAAUAAGGUGUACAAUGUUGAGAAGAGGGAGGAAGAGGUUGAUAAAAGUAACGAGAACGAUAAAGAUGAUGUUGAGAAAGAUGGGGAAGAAGAGACAAAAGAAGAUUGCGGGACAGAUGGACUUGAGGACAAGGAGGACAAAGAGUCUAAGGAAGAUGUAUCCGAUGACGACACAGUUGACUCGAUGAAGGCCGGUCAAGCAGAGCCUGAUUCAGACCAGGACAGUUUGGAAUCGUUCAAGGAACAGAAAUCGCUCCGUUCAAGGAGUGAUGAAAACUCACAAUCAACCUUGAAUCUGAAACGUUUGAAAACUGAAAAUAAAUCCAUUCAAAAUGUUCUGAAGAAAUUGAAAAAUCUAAAAAGGCCGUUAGAAGAUGAUGGAAGGAAAAUUAAAAUGGCCACUCAAUGUGCUAUGUGCAGGUUGAACCAUAUGAAAGGAUUAUGUGUGAUAGAAAAUCCCAAGGCUUUCAUCCCCGACAAUUUGACUUCCACCAACAGCCACAUCUUAUCAUAUGCCUCCCUGCCUUCCCAGUUCUACCUAGGCAUCAGCGAGACCAUAAGAGGAUAUACCAUAUAUGCAGCGGAGAAGAUCCUAGCAGGGACAGCGUUCGGUCCUGUGAUAGGGCAAGAAAUUGACUAUGAGAGUAUCCAGUGUCUGACUGAUCUCAAGUACAUAUGGUUCAUUCAGCCCCGUCUGAACCAUCCUGUCAGACCUGACGAAGAAGGGGAUGAAGAUGGGGAGGAGGAGGUUCAGACAUUUCUGACGACGGAGGAUGAAAUGAACAGCAAUUGGUGCCGGUUUCUCAUGCCAACUUUACGGUUUGUGGACAGCAAUCUGUAUUAUGUUCAAACGGACAAGGAGAUUUAUUUCAUCACCCGUCGGAAUGUGAAAAAAGGGGAAGAGAUACAGUUUUAUGCGGCGUUUAUGGACGAUCAGCAACAUCUUGUGUUAUCCAACGAUGAGUUGAAGUGCCAUCGGUGUAAUCUGGACUUUGACAGCAACGUGAACUACAUCAAGCAUGUGAGGAUCGUCCACCCUAGAGGAAUAACUCGGAAGAAAGAGAAGUGUAAAAUCUGCCAUAAAGUGUUUCAUAAGUAUGCCCACCUUGCCAAUCACGCUCAGAAUGAACAUGGGGGCAUGGGGGCAUACAAAUGCGAACAAUGUGGACGGGAUUAUCUGUAUGCCAGACAACUCAACCGUCACAUACAGACUGUCCACAAACAGGAUAACAUCGAAGCAAGCACCUGUUCCGUAUGCGGCUCGACAUUCAAAAAUUCGUGGAGGCUGAAACAUCAUAUAAGACGGAACCAUUCCGAGGAGCGAUUCUCCUGUGAGAAGUGCAACAAGGUUUUCAACAGUAAGAUGGGACUCGAACGCCACCUCAAAACCCACACGCAGGAAUUCGCAAUUUUCUGUGAUCGGUGCGGGAAGGGUUUCCGGGACGGCAGCAACCUGAAAGUGCAUCUAUUAACUCACUCUGGGAUCAAACCCUUCUCCUGCCAGCAUGAGGGUUGCGGCACUGCCUACACCACCAAGCAGUGUCUGCAGAUCCACUACAGGAAGGCCCAUGGCUAUAGUGACGACAGCAUGCCGGAGAUUAUACGAACAGUGCCCUUUACUGUGGAGGCUCACUCUGUGGAGAACAGUAUAUAGAUGUUGUAGUGUUUUUCUUUGUUUUGUUUGUUGUUUAAUGCAAUAUUCCAGCUAUAUGAUGAUGGCGAUCUGUACAUAAUUGAGUCAGGACCAGAAAUCCAGUGAUUGAUAUCAUGAGCAUCGAUCCAAGCAAUUGGGAUACGAUGAAAUGCACCAACCAAGUCAGCGAGCCAGACCACCCAAUCCUGUUAGUUGCCUCUUAUGACAAGCAUAGUCGACUCUUACGGCAAGGAUGGGUUGCUGAAGACCUAUUCCAACCCAGAUCUUCACUGGUUGAUGUUUUAGUGAUGGAGAUUAUUAUUCAAGCACGUGUGUAGUACUAAUUGAGUGUCAGUAUUUUUGUACUUCCCGAGCGAGAGUGAGGGCAAGACAUGAAUUCUUACACAAGUUUUGUGAAAUCAGCAUGACACAUAUGUGAGUUUAAUCAUUUCUUUAUUACUCAUUAUUUCUUCAUCCUUUGGAGCUUCCCUGUAGAAAAAUACACUGAUCUCCACCGCUGUCCUAGGAAACCACAAUUGGUCGGAUGAUAUCAACAAUCUUCAGCUAUGGCGUUAUUUCUGGUCUAACGUCAUUCCGACCAUAAAAUUCGAAUGACAUCAACAAUUCAGUUCGGAUGACUGUAACAAUACACUGAUGCGCAAGAAGUGAAAUUUGCACCAAUGCACAUGCAAUCUUUAUGAACUUGGUUAUUUCAAAACAUAUUGAUAAUAAUGUGUGUUAUUGCCUCAUAGUUAUACCAGGUAAGUGUCAUUUGUUAGGACUUUAAACAACGUGCCCUCAGCACAAAUGUAAUUUGUUUGAAAUUGUUUUUUCUUAGUUCUUAUUUUCUUAAAUUAGAUGUCGUAACAUUGCAUUGUCAAAGUUACCUUUCAAGCCUCCUCGUCUCUAUUGGUAAUGUUAUCUGUGAAAUACAAGGCACUUCUACAAAGUCGUAACAUUAGUUAUAACUGAAAUAACUAGAAUUGAGAGAUUUAUGAUUCCAAUUUGGGUAUUUGUACUGAUAUUUGCUGCAGACAUGGGGCUGAGUAUUGUCUUCUAUGCAGUUAUAGAUAAAUCCAUGACAUUUAAUGGUCAGUCUCAGAGUUCACGAGCAAUUCGUGUAAUCAGUGGCACGAUAGAACUAUUAUGUAUGUCACUGAUAACAUUGCCAAUUAACUUGACGAAGAUAGUUUAAAUACUUAGUUCAAAUUAAUUGCCCUGCAUGCAAUGUUAAAAUACCUAUGAAUUUAAGAAAAUAGAAUUCUCAAUUUUGACGAAAAAUACUUUUUUUUCCAAAUAUUCCUGCCACAGACUCAUAUAUUUCUCCCCAGUCUUUAAAAUCCCGGACAAACUCCUGUAUAUGAAUAUAGUAAGAGAAUUGUUUGUAAAAUGCUUUAUUCUGGGCUCGUUCCUCAAAAUGAUCCCUGUCGUAAGUCUAUGUUAAAGUGUGGGAGUUAUGAUCAUCUUUGCGAUUGCUUUAUGGAAAUUGGGCCUGGGCAAUAUGUACAUACAUUCUCCAGCGAUUGUUGGUUUGAUUGACUCAAGUGUACUAAAUAUGUCUUGGUUAGGCCAUUGACAAUGUAGUCCAAUUUCCAUCUUCCCAAGGCAAGAGAGUUAACUGACUAAAAAAAUCUAGUUUCCACCCUUGCCGAACUAGUCUGGUAUUAUGGAGUUACGUUUUGGCUAGACUAACGAGUCUGUGCAUAGUCCAAUCAAAA